GAUCACUAGAAUUAUAAAGUUCUUCAAAAGCGUAGUUUUUGCUUUCUUUGAGAAUUUAAAUCUGUUGAAGGUAAAUCAUACUAGUCUUCAAAUGGAUCGUAGUGUCAUUUGUGUAUAAUUGUUAGUAUAAUUUGAUUCAUUAAUCUCUUUUAAUCAACUAAUUUGACUGUUUCUAUAUUGUUGUUCUUCAGGUAGAUGGUUUGAGUAUUUAGUCUAAUUAUUCACGUGUACCCACUUCACCUAACCACCCAUCAUGAUAAAUUACACAAGUGUAUUCAAUUUUGAUUUAAUUUUCAGAAGAAUAGUGAUUAACCAAAGUAAUUUUAAAUUUUUAAAACGUGUUCAGUUUAAAUUUGUUAUUUUAAUCAAAUAUCGUUAUCGAAGUUUGGUUUCUUAAUUCCGUCUGGUUUAUAUGGAUAGAAGUAGAACAUAUAGUGAUACAAUAAGGUAGGUGAGUUUUGUUUGAUUUAUUUUGCUUCUUAAUAAAAAUAGGUAGAAGAACUUUAGAACAGAAAACAAAAGCAAAAUGAAGAAAUUCUUAUGAACACGAAACCAACCGAAAAAACAGCAGUAGGUAAGUAAACUUAGCAUGUCACACAAGAAGCAUUGGACUCUUUUACUUCAAAUAUACGAGUUUAAAGACCUCUUAACGGUACUACUAAAAGAUGGGACUCCAUCCAGUCUCAGAGGCCAACGCCUCAAGCCCCUUCGGUUCUCUCUCUGCCGCCACAUUUUACUCCCGCCACUCCGUCGCCCAUUCCUCCGCCUUUGUCACCAACCCAACCGGCCUCAAACUCUUUACCCAAUGGUGGACUCCACUCAACCGUCCACCACUCGGCCUCAUUGCUGUUGUCCAUGGCUUCACCGGCGAAUCCAGCUGGUUCCUUCAACUAACAUCCGUCCUCUUCGCCAAAUCCGGAUACCUAACUUGCGCCAUCGACCACCAAGGCCACGGCUUCUCAGACGGUUUAACCGCUCACAUCCCAAACAUCAACCUAAUUGUCGACGACUGCAUCUCCUUUUUUGACGACUUCCGUAAGCGUCACGCUUCCUUCUCAUCUCUCCCUUCCUUCCUCUACUCCGAAUCCCUUGGUGGCGCAAUCGCUCUCUACAUUACCCUCCGCCAGAAACACCAGUGGAACGGUCUUAUCCUCAGCGGCGCAAUGUGCUCGAUCAGCCACAAAUUCAAACCUCCCUGGCCGUUACAACACCUCUUAACCCUAGCAGCUACUCUCAUCCCCACCUGGCGCGUCGUCCCCACUCGCGGCUCCAUCGCCGGCGUCUCUUUCAAGGAACCAUGGAAACGGAAACUAGCCUAUGCUAACCCAAACAGAACCGUCGGUAAACCACGAGCAGCCACGGCCUACGAGCUCGUACGAGUCUGCGAGGAUCUUCAAAGUAGGUUUGAAGAAGUUGAAGUCCCCUUGAUGAUUGUGCACGGUGGAGACGACGUCGUCUGCGAUCCGGCCUCCGUCGAGGAGCUUUACCGGAGAUGCAGUAGCAGAGACAAGACAAUAAAGAUUUAUCCAGGGAUGUGGCAUCAGCUAAUAGGAGAGUCGGAGGAGAACGUCGACUUGGUGUUCGGUGAUGUUUUGGAUUGGAUUAUGAAACGAUCUGAAAUCUCCAGAACCAAAGCUUAAAGUUUGCAUAUAUAAUAAAUAAAUAAUCAUAAUUCAAAUUUUAUAUUAGUAAACAAAUCCGAGAGUUUUGUAUUUGAGAUCCUCAAGAAUAG